CACUGGGAAAGCUGGUGUCUCACAGAGUCUUCCAGGCUUCCUGUGUGCUAGUGAAUUAAUUCCUAAGGCUCAAACAGAAUCUUAAGUGAUGAGGAUAAGGAGAAAUUGAGAAGACUUCAAGAUUUGUCAGGAUCACGUCUCUAGCAUGGGGACUUGGAAGACAUUUUGGUUGAUUAUCUCCCUUGCAACUAGUCUGGGCUUCAUUAAAUCACAAAAGACUGUCUGCAGGGAGGCCUCAGUGGGGGAUGUCGUGUUUCUGGUGCACACCAGCAUCAACCCCCAGCAUGCCCGCAGCGUGCGGAACUUCUUGUAUGCCUUGGCAAACAGCUUCCAUGUCGGCAGAGAGACCAUCCAUGUGAGUCUGGCCCAGUACAGCGAUACACCGGCUUCUGAAUUCCUGCUUUCUACCUACCACCGCAAAGGUGACGCGUUGAGACACAUCCAGCGGCUUCAGUUUAAGCCUGGAGGCAACAAGAUGGGCCGCGCUCUGCAGUUCAUUCUUGAGCACCAUUUCCAGGAAGGAGCUGGGAGCCGGGCAAGCCAAGGGGUGCCUCAGAUGGCGCUGGUACUGAGCAGUGGCCCAGCUGAGGACAACAUCCGUGAACCUGCUGAAGCUCUCAGGGGAGCAGGAAUCUUGCUAUAUGCUGUUGGUGUCAGAGAGGCAGCUCAGGUUGAGCUCAGGGAGAUCGCGAGUAGUCCCAAGGAUAAAUUCACCUAUUUUGUUCCCAACUUCGCUGGCCUGCCUGGCCUCGCCCAGAAGCUGAGGCAAGAGCUCUGCAGUACCCUAUUUGAGGCUCAACCCACUGAGCACGAGUCUCCAGUUUGCACAGAAGCAUCCCUGGCUGACAUUGUGUUCUUAGUGGACAGUUCAACCAGCAUUGGACCCCAGAACUUCCAGAAAGUAAAGAAUUUCCUUCACUCUGUCGUCUCGGGGCUUGACAUCGGCAGUGAUCGGGUCCAAGUGGGACUAGUCCAGUAUAGUGACAGCAUCUACCCGGCCUUUCAGCUGAAACAGUCCUCUCUGAAGAGCACGGUCCUGAAACGGAUUCGUAACCUGUCAUAUAGCACAGGAGGCACAAAUACAGGAAGUGCCCUAGAGUUCAUCAGGGCCAACUACUUGAUUGAGACGAAUGGCAGCCGGGCCAAGGAUGGGGUUCCUCAGAUAGUUAUCCUGGUGACAGAUGGGGAGUCAAAUGAUGAGGUCCAGGAUGCAGCUGACCAGCUGAAGAGAGAUGGAGUCAUUGUGUAUGUGGUAGGGAUCAAUGUUCAAGAUGUCCAAGAGUUGCAAAAGAUAGCCAGUGAACCAUUCGAGAAGUUCCUCUUCAACACGGAAAACUUCAGCAUCUUGCAGGAGUUCUCAGGGAGCCUCCUUCAGGCUCUGUGUUCAACAGUGGAGAGACAGAUGAAAAAGUCUACCAAGACCUAUGCAGAUGUGGUCUUUCUCAUUGACACCUCACAGGAAACAUCACAGGCCAGUUUCCAGUGGAUGCAGAACUUCAUCUCUAGAAUUAUUGGCACCCUGGAGGUUGGCAAAGACAAGUACCAGAUUGGGCUGGCUCAGUACGGUGAUCAAGGUCACACUGAGUUUUUGUUUAAUACCUACAAGACCCGGAAUGAGAUGAUCACACACAUCCAUGAGCACUUGGUACUCCGAGGUGGCUCCAGGAGGAUGGGCCGAGCCCUUCGGUUUCUUCACCAGACUUUCUUCCAGGAGGCAGCAGGAAGCCGGUUCUUACAGGGUGUUCCCCAGUAUGCGGUGGUCAUUACCUCGGGCAAAUCUGAGGAUGAGGUCCAAGAUGCUGCACAGACCCUGAGGAAGAGAGGCAUGGAUGUCAUCUCUGUGGGGGUCCAGGACUCUGACAGAAUGGAACUGGAGGGGGCAGGGUCUCUGGUGUUUGUGUCUGACCUGCAGGGAGAAGAUGGAGUCAGACAGCUAAUGCAGGAUGUGAAUGGGGUGAUCCAGGGGACUCAACAGCCUGAGGUCAGGAUUGAGGUUGCAAAGGAUGCUAUAGGAGCAUGUCCAACUGCCAUUCCAGCUGACUUGGUAUUCCUUGUUGAGGAAUUUAGCAGGGUCAGGCAAUCCAAUUUCCAACAAGUUGUCCAUUUCCUGAAGACCACUGUCGAAUCUCUUGACAUCCAUCCUCAUGCUGUGAGAAUCAGCUUGGUCUUUUACAGUGAGGAACCACGGCUGGAGUUUUCCUUGGACACAUUUGAAAACGCUGCCCAAGUCUUACACCGUUUGGACAAGUUGAUCUUCCAGGGAAAAAGAGGAAGGACGAAGGCGGGUGCUGCUUUGGAUUUCCUGAGGAAUGAAGUUUUCAUUCCAGAGAAGGGCAGCCGGUCUGAGCAAGGCGUGCAGAAGAUAGCUGUGGUCAUCAUGGAAAGCCCCUCUCUAGACAAGGUGUCUACAUCUGCUUCUCACCUCCGCAGGGCUGGGGUCACCAUCUAUGCCGUGGGCAUCCAGUCUGCCUCCGAGAGUAAGGACCUGGAGAAGAUUUCCACAUACCCUCCCUGGAAGCAUGCCAUCCACCUAGAGUCUUUUCUGCAACUCGCUGUUGUGGGAAACAAACUUAAGAACAGGCUCUGCCCUGAGACUGUGAGCAGAAUCUAUCCUCAGAUGAGUUUUACCCUAGAAAGAGCACAAGAAGAUUGCGUGCAUGUGGAAAAGGCGGACAUUUACUUCCUUGUCGAUGGAUCUGGCAGCAUCAGACCAAGAGACUUCAUUGAAAUGAAGGUGUUCAUGAAGGAGGUGAUAAAGAUGUUCCACAUUGGGCCUGACAGAGUGCGGUUUGGAGUCGUUCAGUACUCAGACAAAAUUGUAAGCCAGUUUUUCCUCAGCCAGUACGCCAGCAUGGCAGAUCUGAGGACAGCCAUUGACGACAUCCAGCAGGGAGGCGGCGGCACCACAACUGGUGAAGCCUUGAGCAAAAUGGCCCUGGUCUUUGAAGACACUGCCAGAAUCAGCGUUGCCCGAUACCUCAUAGUCAUCACUGACGGGCAGUCGUCAGACCCUGUGGCGGAGGCUGCACAGGGGUUGAGGGACAUUGGAGUCAACAUUUAUGCCAUUGGAGUAAGGGAUGCUAAUACGACUGAACUCAAGGAAAUAGCAAACAACAAGAUGUUUUUCAUAUAUGAGUUUGACUCCCUGAGAGCCAUUCAGCAGGAAGUCAUUCGGGACAUCUGCUCCUCAGAGACCUGCAAAAGCAGGAAAGCUGACAUCAUCUUCUUGAUUGAUGGCUCAGAAUCCAUCGCUCCUAAGGACUUUGAAAAGAUGAAGGAAUUCAUGGAGAGGAUGGUGAACCAGUCCAAUAUCGCUGCUAAUGAAAUUCGGAUUGGCCUUCUACAGUUCAGCUCCACUCCCCGGGAAGAAUUCAGGCUCAACCAAUAUUCCUCAAAGGUGGACAUGCGCAGAGCCAUCUUGGAUGUUGAACAAAUGAAUGAUGGUACCCAUACUGGGAAAGCCCUGAAUUUCACUCUGCCGUUUUUUGAUAGUUCAAGAGGAGGGAGACCCAAUGUCCAUCAAUAUUUGAUUGUGAUCACUGAUGGGGUCUCCCAGGAUAAUGUAGCCCUCCCAGCCAAAGCCCUCAGGGACAGAAACAUAAUUAUUUUUGCCAUUGGGGUCGGAGAGGCUCAGAGAACCCAACUUUUGGAGAUGACUAAUGACCAGGACAAAGUGUACCAUGAAGAAAAUUUUGAGUCCCUGCAGAACCUGGAAAAGGAAAUACUGUAUGAAGUCUGCAGUACCCAAGGAUGCAGACUGGAUCUAUCUGUCGGAAUUGACAUCUCCACUUCUUCAGCCAGAGCUCAGCAGGAGCUUCGAAGGUUGCUGCCAGGGUUGAUGCAACAGCUGGCUUUGCUUUCUAACAUCAGCUGUGACACUCCUGGCCAGAUGGAUCCAAGGUUCCGCUAUGUGAUUCCAGGCUUCAGUGGCCAGCCUGUUUUUGACUCAGGCUUUGAGAAAUACAAUGAUGAGAUCAUUGAGAAGUUUUUGGUGCAUCAGGGUUCCGUGAACAACCGUAUGGAUGUAGACUUUCUGCAGUCCCUGGGAGAGACUGCCAUCCACCUGUCUUUUGCUAAAGUGAAGGUCCUCCUAGUGUUUACUGACGGACUUGAUGAGGACUUACAGAGGCUGAGGAGAACCUCUGAGCUCCUCCACAGCAAAGGACUCUCCGGACUCCUGCUCAUUGGCCUGGAAGGUGUGCAGAGGUUAGAAGAGCUGCAGGAGCUGGAGUUUGGCCGAGGGUUCGCAUACCAGCAGCCUCUGAGUGUCAAUCUGCAGUCCCUUCCAAGUGUCUUACUGAAGCAACUCGACACAAUUGUGGUGAGAACAUGCUGUCACGUGUAUGCCAAGUGCUAUGGAGAAGAAGGGCUCAGAGGUGAUCCCGGGAGUCUUGGGAGGGAGGGAGAGAGGGGUUUGGACGGGCUUCCUGGCCAUCCUGGUGAAGAGGGUGACUAUGGACAAAGAGGCCUUCGGGGUCUUCCUGGACUUCGAGGUGAGGAAGGAUGUCCUGGUGUGAGAGGUCCUAAGGGAGCAAGAGGAUUUUCAGGAGAGAAGGGCAGCCCUGGCGAGGAAGGUGCUAAGGGCUUAGAUGGAGAACAGGGUGACCGUGGAGCUGCAGGAUCAUCUGGAGAGAAGGGGACCAGAGGCAAUAGGGGCUUGACAGGACUGCCUGGACAAGCUGGACGUCGUGGGGAGCCUGGGCUGAGGGGAGAUCCUGGUGAUCCUGGGAUUGAUAAUUACAUCCAAGGCCCCAAGGGAGAAAAAGGAAGGCCUGGACAUCAGGGGAGCUCUGGUUUCCAUGGACCUCUUGGGGAAGCAGGCAGUGUGGGACCUCGGGGGUCACAUGGAAGACAUGGCCUGCCAGGGUUGAAGGGUAUGCGUGGAGACGCUGGUGAUCUGGGUUACCAAGGACAGCCUGGGUAUCCAGGCCCACAGGGACCCAGAGGAAGGCAAGGACCGCCGGGAUUUUUUGGCCAAAAAGGGGGUCCGGGUGCGCAGGGGAAUCCUGGGCCUCCUGGGCCAAAUGGCUCAAAAGGACAAGCUGGGCCCAGAGGAAUGAAGGGAGAGUUCGGCCUUUCGGGAGAGAGAGGCCCACGGGGUCAGCGAGGACCAAGAGGGCAGCCUGGUCUUCUUGGUCAAGAUGGUUACGGUCGUCCGGGAAGAAAAGGCAAGAAGGGUGAACCUGGAUUCCCUGGCUAUCCUGGUGUGCAAGGAGAAGAUGGUGACCCAGGCUAUGGAGGAGAGAAGGGGGCCAAGGGAGCCCGAGGGAAGAGGGGUAAUUCUGGUUUUCCUGGGUUUGCUGGAACUCCAGGCGUUCAAGGCCCACCAGGAAAAAUGGGCAUCAAGGGCCCAAAAGGUUUGGUGGAUAAGACGCCUUGUGAAAUUGUUGAUUUCAUACAAGAAAACUGCCCUUGCUCAAAAGGUAUUUCCAGAUGCCCAGCGUUCCCAACAGAAGUGGUCUUUGCCUUGGACACGUCCAAUGAUGUCUCCCAGUUGGACUUUGAGAGGAUGAGAAACAUUUUGUUAUCUCUGUUGAUGAAGAUGGAAAUGAGUGAGAGCAACUGCCCCAUUGGUGCCCGAGUGGCCAUUGCUUCCUAUAACACAAGGACAGAUUAUCUAGUGCGCUUCUCAGACCACCGAGGAAAAGCUGCUCUACUACAGGCUGUCAGGAAAAUCCCCCUUAAGCAGUCAUCUGGGUCCCGGAACCUUGGGGCCGCCAUGAGAUUUGUGGCAAGACAUGUGUUCAAACGUGUGCGCUCAGGCCUUCUGGUGAGGAAGGUGGCCGUGUUCUUCCAGGCGGGUAGGAACUACGACACAGCCUCUGUCAACACAGCCUUGCUGGAGCUCCAAGCAGCGGACAUUGUCACAGCAGUUGUGACCUUCAGAGAGGAGCAUAACUUCCCAGACAGCCUGCUGGUGGACGGACUUAACGGACUUCACUUGUUUACAUGGGAGACAGAGCACCAGCAGGAUGUGGAACGCCUGGCCAGCUGUACUCUCUGCUAUGAUAAGUGCCGACCAGCCUCAGAAUGCAGGCCGGAAGCUCCCUGGCCCCAGGAGUUGGACAUGGACUUGGUGUUCUUGGUGGACAGCUCCCAGGGCGUCAGCAGUGAUGUAUAUCAGGGGGCUUUGCAGCUAGUAGAUUCCGUACUUAAGGACCUGGAGGUGGCUGCACAGCCUGGCACAUCCUGGCAUGGGGCGCGUGCAGCGCUGGUGACACAUACAACUCCAGGCUUUUGGCCUGGCGUGGGUGGGGCCCCGGUGCUUGAGUACUUUCACCUGACCUCCCACGGCCACCGGACACAGAUGCAAAGGCAGGUUCAGGAGGCUGCCAGUCAUCUGCUACAGGGAGCCCCUGCCCUGGGCCACGCCCUGGAGUGGACGCUGGAGAAAGUGCUUCUGGCAGCCCCACUGCCACGGAGGUCACAGGUCCUCUUUGCCAUCGUGGCGAGUGAGACAAGCAACUGGGACAGAGAGAAGCUAAGGACUCUGUCCCAAGAAGCUAAGUGCAAGGGAAUCACACUGUUUGUGCUGGCUGUGGGCCCAGGAGUGGGAGCCCAGGAGCUUGCUGAACUGGCCGGAGUGGCCAGUGCACCCUUGGAGCAGCACUUGUUACGCCUGGAGGGCGUCUCAGGGGAGGAGGUAGCCUAUGCCAGCAGAUUCACACAGGCCUUCCUGAGCCUUCUAAAAAGUGGGAUGAACCAGUAUCCACCGCCAGAGCUCACUGAGGAGUGUGGAGGCCCAAACCGUGGGGAUACCUUGCUGCAAUUAGAUGCUCCUACCAAGAGAUACGAUGUGACCAGCCUCCUCCUGCCCCUGCUCCAUGCCUUCCCUGCCAUGAUCAGCUGUAUUAAACCUUGA